GAUAGGAACUGUUCAAACAAUUUGACUCAAUGUGAGCCCCGGGACUGUGAGCUACGGGCCGACAGAUUUUAUGUUUUUGGAUUUUCUUUUAUCUGAUUAAAGAUCUGCAUCCUGAUGAUUAUCAGGUGCUUCCUCCUUGUUGCUCUCUUCAGCUCCACGGCGUAUACGGAGCCAUCACCUGAACCCUCGCCUGAACCAUCUCCGGAGCCCGCCCCCCAGGGUGAUGGGGCGGUGCCCGAAUUGCUGGAGGGUGUAGGAGACCUGGUGUCAAACCUACUCGAGGAUCUCCUCGGUGGAGGUGGUGGUGGGGGAGGGGGAGGAGGGAUGCAAGAAAAGAUCGACACUAUUGACACUAGCUUGGAGUUUGCCUAUUGCAAUCAACCACUUUUCGUGACAUUCCUUACAAAGACAGAUGCCCAUUGUUUGAUUGACAACAUUUGCUUCACAUACUUCCCACUGCCCGAUGAUCCAUUUACAUACAAUAUCUACAGUUCUACAGUAUUCGCAGAUGGGUCCCUCCGUAUCGAGACCUCGGUGAUAACGGAUCUUUCGCUAGGAAGAUUUAGAGCAGCAUCACCUUUCUGUACAUACACUUCCAACAUCAUCGGGUACGCUGGCUGUGACACUUACGUAGACUACCGUGAGAUGGAGUUUGGAGAGUGUGUCGACAACUCAGGCUGCCCCACGUUUGUGGGAGUCUCCACUCGCUGUGUCCCUCUCGGCCUGUCAUGUAUUGACAAGGUGGAGGAGAUCAUCUGUCAUGCCGGUCUGACUCUGCCAGACUUUGUCAUGCUGCCUAUGAAGCACCCACACAAAUGUGUCAUGGAGCAGAUCUGUGUAAACAACAUCCAAGGCAACUUCUACCGCGCCCUCAACCUCCCUCCGCCCGCUCCCCCAGCAUACUUAAUUUAGUUUAUAAACUCUUUUAACAUUUA